AUGGAAGUUAUUCUGUCCAACUUCCACAAGGAUUUAGGCACUAUCAGCUCUGAGAUACAGGACUUACAGAUGAAAUCCUCUGUGAUGAACAAGCGCUUGCAAAAUCGUCAGGCCGUUCGAGGAGAACUGAGUCAAUUUCUCUCAGACAUGGCCGUUCCCGAGCAGUUGAUAAAGCAUAUCUUACUCACACCAGUUACGGAACAAGAUUUCCUGGAACAUCUUCAUGAGUUGGACCAUAAAAUUCACUUCUCCUUGGAACAAUCUAUGGUUGACUAUCGAUCAUUCGACGAUGUAAAUGCUCUGUUGAAAAAGUUAAAAAUCAAGGUCGAUGACGCCGAAGGACGACUGAUAGCGCUUCAAACCAAUUUCACUGAGCAACCGGUGAUUUUGGCCGCAUUGAACCUAUUAUGA